AGACAGGACAGGAAAAAGGAACAAGCAUACACCUCCUCCUCAUCUUGUCACCAUCCAUCACCUUUCUUUUCGUUGCUGGCCGCCCUUUACGUUCUCUUUUACUUACUGGUUUACUCUCCAAUUGUGCGCUCCCUACCUACCUUGCUUAACUAUCUUUCUCGCGACCACAUUCUCCUAAUUCCUUUUUCCACGAUCGAAACCCGUAUCCUCUCACCCCUGUCCUUCGAUCCCUUCAUUUGGCUCCUUUGUACAGUACUGCGUAACGCGACCAACCUGCCGACCGUGCCGAUUUCAUUUUUGGAUAUCAUUCGACACUACCUAUUCACUGGCCAGGCGACGUAUUUAACGAGACUCUGAAUGAGAGGCUGAGCUUGGACCUUUCGCGCCAACUUUCCCUUAAUUUCGAUCAAGACUUGCUGUAAAGUCGUCUCCAGGUAGACGACUGUGAACGACACCAUUAUUCAACAUUGCCAUCGCUAUGGCCGCGAAAUCCGAUGACGAUGGCUUUUCAGCGCCACAUAAUUCCCGUUCCGAAGCGGCCCGGCCGCCGAGCAUCAUUUCUUCUCGAAUGACGGACAUCGCGAGUGAGGACGGGGACGGGCCAGAGUUGCAAAAGAACAGAAUGAGCAUUCCUCGAAGUGCGGACAUGGGUUCCCGGCCUGAUACUGCACGAACGGGAGCAUCUUCCAGGGGUCCAUGGCAGGGUCAGUCUUUGCGUAACAAGACAUAUCUUUCUGGCGUACAAGCAAAGAGAGGGAGUGUCGAGAGUUCGACUGCCGGUUCUACAAGUCAAGCGCCAAGUUUAUCAAGCAGAAGCCAUGUUCCAUCGUUGCAGUCGCAUGCCUUUUUCCGACCCAUGAGCUCGCAGAAAUUACAGGCGCAAAGAGGAGGAUCGCAUCGCCCAUCUACAAUGAGUCAAAUGUCGCCAGCGUCUCCCACCUCACCAACGUCACCAACAUCGCCAGCGUCACAACAAAGAUUCGAUGAGCACGGCGAAGCUAGCGGUAGUCAAACACGGCAAAGUAUCAUAUCGAACCCGAUUGCGCAACUGCAGCGCCAAACAAGCAAUGACGAAAACAUGCGAUCUCCACCAUCCCGAGGCACGGAAAUGACGGAACAAGAAACUUUGGACAGGAUAACAGCGAAUACGAGCCCUAGCCAUGGCCAUUAUCCCGCGGGGAGUUUGACGGAUAGUGUUCGUCCUCUUCAACAAGGCAAGACUUCCGAUACAGGUCACUUUCAGCAUAACAUCAUUGUGGACAAGAGUUAUAAGGACCUACACAACCUGCCCAGCCCGAUUAAAUCUCCACGGUCGUUUCGAUCAAGCUUCCUCAUGCCUGGUCGAAGUAACGAAGGCCAGCAAAGUCAGAAUCGCAGUACCGAAGGAGCUGAGAAACUCUCUUCGUCCGCAUCUUCACCACAGUUCAGACCUUUAGACUCUCAUACUGAACGUCAUCCCCGUGUCCCUCAUAAGCCGAGUCAGAAAUCCGAUCUCGGACGUGUUCAUCAGUAUUUCGAUGGCAACACAGUAUUCUGUCUCGGUGGUCGCUGGCAAAACACAAGAGGGAGACCUGUUAAUAUUGCGACAGGUAUCUUUGUCAUCAUUCCUUGCGCCCUGUUCUUUGGUUUUGAAGCACCUUGGUUAUGGAAGCAUGUAUCGCCUGCGAUACCUAUUGUGUUUGCAUACCUUGCGUAUGUAUGUUUCUCUUCAUUCAUCCACGCCUCCGUUACGGAUCCUGGGAUUCUUCCACGAAAUCUUCACCAGUUCCCCCCUGUCGACGACAACGAUGACCCUCUCCAACUUAGCCCACCCACAACAGAUUGGGCAUUGAUAAAAUCUGCCGAAUCAUCAACAGCCGCAAUGGAAGUUCCGGUUAAGCACUGUAGAACAUGCAAUAUCUGGCGGCCACCCCGUGCCCACCACUGUCGCUUAUGCGAUAACUGUAUUGAGACCCAUGAUCAUCACUGCGUGUGGCUCAACAACUGUGUCGGGAAACGUAACUACCGAUAUUUCUUUACCUUUGUUACAUCCGCAACUAUCCUCGCGGCCUAUCUCAUCGCCACUUCUCUUACACAGAUUCUUCUUUACAAGAAUCGUGAAGGUGUCUCAUUCGGAAAAGCUAUCGAUCACUUCCGAGUUCCUUUUGCGUUGGUAUUCCUUGGGUUUAUCUCCUUCCUUUAUCCUGCUGCUUUGAUGGGAUAUCACAUCUUCCUCAUGGCGCGAGGCGAAACGACCAGAGAGUACAUGAACUCACACAAGUUUGCUAAGAAGGAGCGUUUCCGGGCAUUCUCUCAGGCCAAUAUGUUCAAGAACUUUAUUGUUGUUCUAUGCCGCCCUCGACAACCCACAUAUUAUCAGUUCAAAGCGCAUUAUCAUGAAGGCGACCAACGCCUAGGCAUUCGAAGAGACAAGCGGCCGAGAUCGAGCUCUCAGGGAUUGGAAAUGCACGACGUCGUCCCUGGAAGUUCUGGUUUCCAAGGCCCUGUGGCUCUGAGAAGUGAACAGAGUCAUUAGCCGAUGCACUGAAGUGGAAUUUUACUCUUGCAUUGUAAUUGUAAUUUUUUUUUUUCAAGAUGGCGUAGCUUCUGGGAAGUAUUCAUCAUGUGAGGUGGUCAGGAUGAUAUGAUGCCUGUUUCUUUCUUCUUUUAUUAUACCCUACCUACCUUAUGUUAACUAGUCGACCACAUUUCAUGUAUUCAUUCCCCUUUUGUUUUUAGCACAGACUCUGGAAAAGUCGGUAACUUAUGGUAUAGCCACCGACAUACGGGCGUUGAGCGGGCAUUGACUGGGACGACGAGCCUUGGCUAUGAUACAUAUCUGAGACUUAUUUAGAUACCAGUCAGUUUAAGCCACUAGAUUCACUUUUCUCACACACCAUUUUUGCUUUACAU